CCAUAUGCUACACCAGUAACCACUCCUACCCCUCUGCUACACCACCUCCUGUUCCAUAUGCUGCACCAGUAACCACUCCUCCCCUCUGCUACACCACCUCCUACCCCAGCACCCUCCUUGUGAGUCACAGAACAUGGUGGAGUACAGUGAACAGCUAAGGGAGGGCAGGAGCCCAGCGCUUUAACUUCUGCGGUGCCAACUUUACCCUCCUCCCCUGAAGACACCCAUGUAAUAUGGCCCGUUGGAUACCCACUAAGAGGGAGAAGUUUGGAGUGGCCAUCUACAACUUCCAGACAUCACAUGAAGAAGAGCUGAGCCUUCAGGUGGGAGACACAGUCCAGAUCUUUGAGACCUAUGAAGGUUGGUACAGAGGAUUCACAUGGAGGAACAAAUCAAAGAAGGGCAUAUUCCCAGCUACUUAUAUUCACAUAAAAGAAGUGACUGAUGACAAAGGGCACCAUGAGCCGGCGGUGCUCAGCGAGCUUCCCCUGGCACAGGAGCUCACCGUCACAUUACGGGAAUGGGUGGUCCUCUGGCACUCUCUGUUUGUGCAAAAUCAGCGGUCGUCGUUCAUCCAGAUACAAGACAUGAUGACACAACUAAUGGACUGGCGCUCACAGAUUAUGUCUGGUACCCUCCCCAAAGAUGACUUGGCCGAACUGAGGAAGAAAGUGACGGCGAAGAUUGACUAUGGAAAUCGGCUCCUUGGUCUGGAUCUUGUGGUCAGAGAUGAAAAUGGAAAUAUCCUCGAUCCAGAUGAGACCAGUGUGAUUACCCUCUUCCGUUCCCAUGAGACGGCUUCUAGGAGGAUUGAUGAGAGGAUACAGGAAGAGAAGUCCCAGCUGCAAACUCUGGAUUGCCGAAGUCCUGCUAUGCUCCAUCUAGCUCACACGUACAGCCUGUAUGUCAACCUCAAGAACUUUGUAUGUAACAUGGCGGAGGAUGCAGAACUGCUGAUGUGUCUUUAUGACCCAGAUAGUUCCCACUUAAUUAGUGAGAAUUACCUGGUACGCUGGAGUAGUUCUGGUAUGCCAAAAGAAAUCGAGAAAUUAAACAACCUGCAGGCAGUGUUCACAGACCUUAGCAGUCUGGAUUUAAUACGACCACGGAUCAGCCUCGUAUGUCAGAUUGUACGAGUAGGACACAUGGAAAUGAAGGAUGGCAAGAAACAUACAUUUGGCUUGAGAAGGCCCUUUGGUGUUGCAGUAAUGGAUAUCUCUGAUGUGGUCCACGGAAAAGUAGAUGACGAGGAGAAGCAACAUUUUAUCCCCUUUCAUCCAAUGGCUAAGGAAAAUUACAUCAGCCAGCGGCAGCUCAUCAUGUCUCCUCUGAGCAAUUCCCGGGUAUUGGCAGAGAAUGAACCCCUGACCACCAUCUACAACAAGGUGAUCGCAGCCAAGGAAAUCAACCACAAGGGGCAGGGUCUCUGGAUUUCCCUUAAGCUUCUUCCUGGAGACUUGAAUCAAGUGCAGAAGGAAUAUUCUCAUCUGGUGGACAGAUCUACUGCUGUUGCUCGGAAGAUGGGUUUCCCAGAAAUCAUCCUGCCUGGAGAUGUACGAAAUGACAUUUAUAUCACUCUGAUCCAAGGGGAGUUUGAUAAGGGCAAAAAGAAAACUCCAAAAAAUGUGGAAGUUACAAUGUCUGUCCAUGACCUGGAGGGUAAUUUACUGGAGAAGGCCAUAAUUCCUGGAGCUGGACAGGAAGGACUUCCAGAGUACAAAUCUGUGGUGUAUUAUCAAGUCAAGCAGCCAAGCUGGUAUGAGACGGUCAAGGUCUCCAUCCCCAUUGAAGAGGUCAGUCACUGCCAUCUCCGCUUCAAUUUCCGGCACCGCUCCUCUCAGGAAUCUCGGGACAAGUCAGAGAAGGUGUUUGGAAUGGCUUUCGUCAGGCUGAUGAACCACAAUGGGACAACACUGAAGGAUGGAUUUCAUGACCUGAUAAUUUAUAAGGGUGAUAGCAAGAAGUCGGAUGAUGCCAAGAUGUAUUUGUUGCUCCCUGCUACUAAGGAAGAGGAAGAAGAAGUCCGUUCUCCCAGAGGACAUGCACCUAGUCUAACACCUACUAAGGACAGCUUCCAAAUCAGCACCUUGAUCUGCUCCACCAAGCUGACACAGAAUGUCGAUUUACUUGGUCUCCUCAACUGGCGCUCUAACCCUAGACCUAUAUCCCAAGCACUCCGCAAGCUCAUGGAAGUAGAUGGAAGUGAAAUCAUGAAGUUCCUGCAGGACACACUGGACGCUCUGUUCAACAUAAUGAUGGAGGGACAAGACAAGGAGAGCUGUGACGUGCUGGUGUUUGAUGCUCUGGUUUUUAUUAUUUCUCUGAUCGCAGAUAUUAAGUUUCAGCACUUUAACCCGGUCCUGGAGACCUAUAUCACCAAGCACUUCAGUACGACUCUGGCCUUUGAGAAGCUGAUCAAGGUGCUGACCUGGUACGUGAGGAGCGCUGACGACCCAAGUUGCAGGGAGAUGCUCUUCUCAUCCCUAAAAGCCAUCAAGUACUUGUUUUGGUUUAUUGUCCAGUCCAGAGACCUGUACCUAAGGUUUUACGGUCAGGAAGAAGGAAGAGACCAGUUCAGUGACUCCAUACGACAGCUGUUUCUGGCCUUUAAUGAACUGAUGGACCGGCCAUUGCAGGAAGCCGUGAAGAUUAAGGCGGCCGCAUUGAAGUAUCUUCCAGGAAUUAUAAAUCAUUUAAAAAAUGUCUUUAAUCCAGUAGAGCUGAGUGACCUCUUCGCCAAGUUCAUGCAGAGUGUUCCUCCAGACCAGCUUGUCCAUCAGACCCUGACCUGCAUGUGCAAAGUGGUGGAGAGUGACCUCUUUCUGCAACCAGAGUGCAGAGAUGCCCUUCUACCUCAUUUUAUUGACCAGCUGAGUGGACAGUUGGACGACAAUUGUAAUAAACCAGAUUAUGAAGCCAGCGGACAGCUCCUCAGUAAUACUUUGGAGGUUCUCCAGAACAAAGAAGCAUGUGACUCUACUCAGCAUAUCCAGCUCAUCAUGGAGCGUCUGCUACGGAGAAUAAAUAGGACAGUUAUUGGGAUGAGUCGGCAGUCACCACAUAUAGGUCGUUUUGUGGCUUGUAUGACCGCCGUUCUCAGACAGAUGGAGGAUUAUCACUAUGAUCACUAUGUGGGCACUUUCAAGACUCGUCAAGACAUCAUUGAUUUCCUGAUGGAAACAUUUAUUAUGUUCAAAGACCUAAUUGGAAAACGAGUGUUCCCAAGGGAUUGGAUGCUGAUGACCAUGACACAGAACAAGGUGUUCCUUCGGGCCAUGAACAGGUUUUCUGUCGUUCUAAACAAGUUCUUCCUGGAUCAGACCAACUUCGAACUGCAGCUCUGGAAUAACUUCUUCCACUUGGCCGUGUCGCUGUUAACCCACGAGUCUCUGCAGCUCCACAAGUUCUCCCAGGAGAAGCGACACAAGAUCCUGUGCAAAUAUGGGGACAUGAGGAAGGAGAUUGGUCUGAAGAUCAGGGACAUGUGGUAUAAUCUAGGACCUCACAAGAUUAAGUUCAUUCCUUCCAUGGUGGGACCAAUCCUUGAGGUGACCCUCACCCCAGAACCAGAUCUACGUAAGGCAACAAUCCCCAUCUUCUUUGACAUGAUGCAGCACGAACACAACUUCAGUGGCAGCGGUCAUUUCCAUAUGUUUGAGAAUGAGCUGAUCACACGUCUGGAUCAGGAGGUAGAAGGAGGACGAGGAGACAGACCGUACAAAGAUCUUCUGGAGAAACUCUUGUUGGAGCACUGCAGGAAACACAAGUAUCUCUCCAGUUCUGGGGAGGUCUUCACGGUCCUGGUCAGCAGCCUGCUGGAGAAUCUCCUCGAUUACCGAACAAUUGCCAAUGAUGAGAGUGAGGAGAACCGCAUGAGCUGUACAGUAAACCUGCUGAACUUUUAUAAAGAGAAGAAGAGGGAGGAUAUUUAUAUCCGGUACGUGUACAAACUCAGAGAUCUGCACCUCAACAAGGAGAAUUACACAGAGGCGGCAUACACCCUGCUACUCCAUGCCGAGCUGCUACAGUGGUCAGAUAAGCCAUGUGCACCUCACUUGCUGCAGCGAGACAGUUACACAGUGUACACACAGCAGGAGCUGAAGGAAAGGCUGUACCUGGAGAUUAUAUCCUUCUUCGAUAAAGGCAAGGUGUGGGAGCAGGCGAUCAUACGCAGCAAGGAGCUUAUAGAGAUGUACGAAAACCAGAUCUUCCACUAUGAGCCCCUCAGCGUCCUGCUGAACAAGCAGGCUGGUUUCUACCAGAACAUCAUGCGCUCCUUGCGGUUACAGCCGGAGUACUUUGCUGUGGGAUACUAUGGCCAUGGGUUCCCUUCUUUCCUGCGGAACAAGAUUUUCGUAUACAGGGGAAAGGAGUACGAACGACUUGAAGAUUUUAACCUUUGGCUUUUGACACAAUUUCCUAAUGCAGAGAAGCUCUCCAGCAGCUCCCCGCCGGGGGAUGACAUCAGAAACUCGCCCAAGCAAUAUGUGAGAUGCUUCAGUGUGAAACCAUUACUGAACCUUCCUCCACGAUAUAAGGACAAGCUGGUGCCUGAACAGAUUCUCAGUUAUUAUCGCUUCAACGAGGUGCACAGUUUUUCCUACUCUCGGCCAUUCCGAAGAGGAGAGAAAGAUCCGGACAAUGAAUUUGCUACCAUGUGGAUCGAGAGGACGACGUUCACGACGGCCUACAAGCUGCCUGGCAUCUUGAAGUGGUUUGAAGUAAAGCACCUACAGACGGAAGAGAUCAGUCCGUUACAGAAUGCUAUUGAGACCAUGGAGCUGACCAACGAGAAGAUAAGUCACCAGGUCCAGCAGCACCGGGCAGAC